AAAUCUAUUUUAACUACUUAUUACUUUUAUAAAAGAAUACUAAAUAGUUCUAUUAGAUUUAAAAUCUCUUACUAUUUUAAUUACUUAACUAAAUCUAAUAUUAUAAAUUUUAGAAUAUUUAGUAGCUUAGCUUUUAAUCAAAACCCUAAUAUUGUAAAUGAGAAACUUAAUUUAAGCUUUUACUUUUUAAUUAGUUAG